CCCCCUCCUCCCCGACUGGGGCGGAGCGGUUCCUUUCAGGCAGGCGCUGGCUGGGCAGUGAUGGCGGACGAUGAGAUUGGGAAGCUAAGGACGGAACAAGGCGACGGCGACAGCGGCGGCACGCCGCCGGAGACGGCGGCUGCCUCGUCUGGAAGCUGGCUGUGGGGAAGCUGGUUCGACAUGCUAUUUAUCUUGACGCUGGUGAUCGUGACGCUUUUGGCCUAUCAGGUCUACAAGCGCUGGGGCAAAAGGAUCGGAGCUGGGGGCGCGGCGCAACAAAGUCAGGCCCACUCCUUGCCCCGCAUGAAGCGGCGGGACUUCACUCUGGAGCAGCUGCGCGAGUACGACGGCGCGCGGUUGCCGCGCAUCCUUCUGGCCGUCAACGGCAAAGUCUUCGAUGUAACCAAAGGCAGCAAGUUCUACGGGCCCGAAGGUCCUUAUGGAAUAUUUGCUGGCAGAGAUGCCUCGAGGGGACUAGCAACUUUCUGUCUAGAUAAAGAUGCACUCAGAGAUGACUAUGAUGAUUUAUCGGACUUAAAUGCUGUGCAAAUGGAAAGUGUUAGGGAAUGGGAAAUGCAGUUUAAAGAAAAAUAUGACUAUGUAGGUAGACUCCUAAAGCCAGGAGAGGAACCAUCAGAAUAUACAGAUGAAGAAGAUACCAAGGAUCAUACUAAACAAGAAUGAACUUUGUAAAUCACCAAAGUUAGGGGCCUUUGGAACUUUUAUUCCCCAUCAGAGAAUGCCCUACAACUUGGGUACACUUCAUCUAUUACAGAAAAUGAUUUGUUUUAUAUAUGAUCCUUUCCUGAUGAAGAUUUGAUUUGAUUAGUAGGCAUUCUUUGUGCUGCCAAACAUUUAUUUUCCUUUAUUCCUUUUUCUUUCUUUCUUCAAUUUAUCUGUCUGGAAAGGCUUCAUUAAUGGGGGCCAGGGAUAUAAAAUGCAAAGAAAGCAAUUUCUUGCAGCAUGUUGAAGCCUUUGAACAGUUCGUUAUUUACAGGCUUACGUGUUUCAUGUGUAAUUUCUACUUUUUGAGCUCUAAAUGGAAAACCUAGUUCUUUUAAGGAAUCUAUAGUUAACAUAGGCGGCUGAAACAUAAUAAAUGGGACUACUCAGACAGAAAACUACUUCAGAGCUCUGCAGAUUUUAUAGUUUCAGAUAAAAUUCUCCUAAAGGAUAGAAGAGAAUUUAUUUGUAGACAUUAUCAUCUGAAAUCUGCCUUCUAUGCUUCUCUUUCCCCUGAAUCAAAACAAAAUAUUUGUGCCUUAUUUCACUUAGACUUGAAUUGUUUUAGAGGAAAACCCAAAAUAUAACACGUCACUAAAAGCAGCAUUGAAGAUUGGCUAGAACAGUCAGUUUCUGGAACAGUUGAUGUCAUUCUGUAUAUAGAAUAUAAAGAAAUACACAGUGUUAUAGAUAUAUAUAUAAAUAAUGUGUGUGCGUCUAUAUACAUACACACGCAAACUUUAAAGAGUAUAAUGGCCAAAUGCAUUUUCCCUUCGCUUUUUACAUAAGCUCAAUUAGUACUUUUUCCAUCCCCAGGGAGCUCUUUAAAGGUGAGGAGCCUAACCUCAUAUCAUUGUGAAAUGAGGGUAUGCAUGGAUGUGGGUGCUUGAGUGCAAAAAGUGGAAGGAUGGUUCCUACAGAUAUUGUAAAUACAAAUACAAUUUUAAUAAAGCAUGUAAAAUACCAAAUGUGCUAUCAGACUUUAUGUAGUUGCUGAAAAGCUAGUAUUGGUGGCUAGGACUUUGUGUUUCAGGACAAAAAAAAGACUUAAUAUUUUUGCACUGUAUUAAAUAAACCAUUGGCCAGAUAUUUUUAUUAAUUUCAUCAUUAAUUGUAAUACAUAAAAUGCAACAGUUUCAGUGAAUAAAAACAGUGGCAUAUAUCUGCAUAGAACAUUUAUCUGGAAAUGCUUUGUUGAAUAUGUCAUUCUCCUUUCCUAGCCUAUUAACUGCAUCACUUCUUUAUUUUUUGAUAUAGCAAGUACUUUCUGAAAUGGAACUUAAAUUUUCUUCCAAGUUUUGCAAACUAGUCAGAACACUAAUCCAGUUGUGGUAUCCAACAUUAAAAAGAAAAAGCAUGUAAUAAAACAUCAAUGAGUCUGGCAAGAGGGAAAUGUGAUCUUCAGCAUAUCUGUUAGAGUAUUUUCCACCAAAAUAUGUGAAAAGUAUCUGGUCCCAAAUGACCAAAUAGUUCUGGCCUUUGCUCAGGUUGGAUUGUAAAUGGUGAUUAUUGAUAGUGUCUAUAGAAAAAUACUGUUCCCCCUUUUUUUGAUGUGAACCUUUUGUUGCAUUUAUUUUCAAUGUCUAAGCCUCCAUUGAUGAGCCAGUUAUAAUUCCACUCCAAAAUUUUAUUCUAUAAUUGAAAUUAUGCGGUCUGUUUUGAGAAAUGAACAAUUUGUGUUCUUUUAUAAAAAAAAUAAAAGUGUUCUGUAGAUAUA